GUUCACUUUCCCACCACACAUCCGUGAUAGGUAAUUGUUUUGAUGGUGGACGUCAGAUUUCAUGGGAAAACGUUGUUUAUUUUCUAAGCUUUCUCGGUCAUGUAUCUGAAGGCAACGUCAACAAUAUAUGUUAUUUGUCAGUAGGGGAUGUUUUGUAGAGUUAUAGCCAGCUAACUCUAGCUAAUGCAUCUCACGGCAGGUAACGUUAGCUAGCUAAUGUUAACUGUCAGUCUAGCUAGCUGGUUGAGUAGUUAGCCUAGCAUCGUUAGCUUGUUUCCAGCGACGCAGUCUAACAAAGCAGUCUUUAUCCAAAACGGCUUGCGAAUAUGUACGUUACUUUGUAGCUACCUACCUAGCACAGCUGUGGUCCUUCUCUACAGCGUAUUUGUAUACAGAUAACUAGCUAACGUUAGCUGCCAUGGUUUAUUGCCUAGCAUUGCUAGCUAGCCAGCAAAAUGGGUUAGGUUGUGGUGUUGACCAAACGAAGCUCUUAGUUAUUGAACGUGAUUUCUAAACUGCCAAUCAUAACCAGACACCCCAGUUGAACCAGAAGUCUCUAGCUACCAUAUGGUUUAUCCAGCUAACGUGAUCUAGUUAGCAUUACUGCAAUCCAAUCAGGGAUCUCCCAAUAACGUCAUGCCAUGGUGCUAAGAAGGUUACUGAGAAAACGUUGGGUGCUAGGUGUGGUGUUUGGACUGUCUUUGAUCUACUUCCUAACCAGCACCCUGAAAAAGGAGGAGAGAACCAUACGGGAUCGCAACCUGUUGGAGGCCAGGGACCCGGAUCACCGGAUCCCAUGGAAAGUCAGGUUCAGCCUGGGCAACAGUAGCAGGCAGAUCACUCAGUGCCGGAACUCCAUUCAGGGCAAAACGCUGCUCACAGAUGAACUGGGUUAUGUGUGUGACAGAAAUGAUCUGCUGGUAAAUGGCUGCUGUAAUGUCAAUGCCCCCAGUUCAAGACAGUACAUUUGUAAAAGCUGUCUGGCCAAUGGCUGCUGCAACAUCUACGAGCACUGUGUGUCCUGCUGCCUCCAGCCUGAUAAGCAACCUCUUCUAGAGAGUUUCCUGAACAGAGCUGCAGAUGGCUUCCAGAACCUAUUCACAGCCGUGGAGGACCACUUUGAGCUGUGUUUAGCCAAGUGUCGGACUUCAUCGCAGAGUGUCCAACAUGAAAAUACCUACAGAAAUCCACAAGCAAAAUACUGUUAUGGAGAAAGUCCACCUGAACUCCUGCCUAUAUGAUUGUUUUGUACCUACGAGACUGUAUAGAAACUAAUAACGGUCCUCUGGGACCUACGAGACUGUAUAGAAACUGAUAACGGUCCUCUGGGACCUACGAGACUGUAUAGAAACUAAUAACGGUCCUCUGGGACCUACGAGACUGUAUAGAAACUAAUAACGGUCCUCUGGGACCUACGAGACUGUAUAGAAACUAAUAACGGUCCUCUGGGACCUAUGAGACUGUAUAGAAACUGAUAACGGUCCUCUGGGACCUACGAGACUGUAUAGAAACUAAUAACGGUCCUUUGGGACCUACGAGACUGUAUAGAAAUGAAUAACAGUCCUCUGGGACCUAUGAGACUGUAUAAAAACUAAUAACGGUCCUCUGGGACCUAUGAGACUGUAUAGAAACUGAUAACGGUCCUCUGGGACCUACGAGACUGUAUAGAAAUGAAUAAAGGUCCUCUGGGACCUACGAGACUGUAUAGAAACUAAUAACGGUUGUCUGGGACUUACGAGAAUGUAAAGAAAUGGUCCAACUAAGAGCCAAGAGACACACCUUGAUGCUCCGUGGGAAGACCGAAUUCCCCUUCCUCUUGUGUCUACAUAAUGGCCUUGAAACGUCUGACACCAUACGGUGCUUAACAGAUGGGAGCCACCAAACCCUGUAUAGAGGGGAUUUGACUGACAAUAACAGACGCCAUGUUGAAACUUUUGAUAAAGUAAUGUGAGUAACAGUCUCUACAUAUGGCUCUGAAGAACACUAUCGUAACCUCACAACAAUGGACAAAUACUGUAUGUGAUAUAGCUAUAUUAUUUACACUUCAUAAGUGCAUAGCUUCAUAACUUCAUCAGUGAUGAUCAUCAGGUCUCAUUCGCUCAUUAGACCAGUUAGGAUUCACCUCAUGCUGCCGUUGUUCCACAUUAUGGUCAUGUUCAUUAGGGCACGCAACAGAAAAUGUUUGAGUCUCCCAUGUUUUAGUCUGUUUUCUUUUGUUUGGUGCAAAAUGAACACGACCCAUGUUAUAAAGGUCUGUAUUUAAAGCCUAACGAUAUACUGAAGGUUGAUAUCAGUUGUUUAGUCCUUACUAUUGAAUAUGAUAACAGAUGUGUCUUUACUUUUGUGUGUUGUCGUGCAUGGAUAUUGACUGACUGGUUAUUUAAUAAAGUGACUGUGAAAGUAA